GCGCGCUCCCGCCGGCGCGCUCCCGCGGGCGCGCUCCUCUCCAUCGCCACACUAAACGGGUGUCGGCGUGAGCGCCAGGGAGCUGUGAGGGAAACACGCUGGGACUGUAAAAACCCAUCUCCUGCCGCCUCACUUCUACAGUCAAUUAAUCACUGCAGCGGAAGCCGGAUGCUGAGUAACAGAUGUGACGCAAUGGCAAGUCGGACUCGCAGUACAGAUCUGAGCAGACAAAUGGAUUUCCCCAAUUGGACUGAAGGGGCAUUUGUCACAAACCGAAGCAAUUAUGACUCAUUUAACACAACUAAGCUCCCUCCCAGUAAAAUCCUCCUUACCCUCACACUGUCGGUAGUAGCCAUCCUAACUGCAUUCUUCAACUGCCUGGUGAUCACAGCUAUUGCCGUUACCCGCAAGUUGCACCACCCAGCCAACUACCUAAUUUGCUCACUGGCAUCGACUGACCUGCUGGUAGCUGUCUUGGUUAUGCCCUUCGGCAUCAUCUACAUCCAGAAGGAGAAAUGGGUGAUGGGUGAGGUGGUCUGCACCAUCUGGUUGAGUGUGGAUAUCACCUGUUGUACAUGCUCCAUCCUGCACCUCGCCGCCAUUGCCGUGGACCGUUAUAGGGCCAUUACAGAUGCCGUGGAGUACUCUCGCAAACGCACAGGGGCCAGGGCUGGUGCAAUGGUGGCAGUAGUGUGGCUAUUGUCCAUUCUCAUCUCACUUCCUCCUCUACUGUGGCGGCAUUACAACAAAGAUUCCGAUCACGAAGAGCAAUGCAUCAUCAUCCACCACCAUAUGGCCUUCACGCUUUACUCAACUCUUGGCGCAUUUUACAUUCCCCUGCUGCUCAUACUCAUUCUCUACUAUAAAAUAUAUCUGGCCGCUCAGACCCUCUAUAUGCGCAGGGAGGCCAGCAGAGCCAGCCGUCACUCAUGCAUGACCAAUGGAAGCAUGAUUCCUUCGUCCUACCCUGCUGGAGAUAGCGAAGCCGAUGGCGGGCCUCGAAGUCCAGAGCCUUUAAGUCCAGCGGACAAGUCUUUCUCUGAAGCCUCCACUGACGAAACUCCACGUGAACGCGUGCGUGUUGCUAGAACGGCUUUGCAGAACAAGUCGCGUAGACACGACUCACGCAGCGAGUCUCACCGAAGCCAGAUUUACCAAGGACCUCGGAUCUCAGGCUCGCGGGAGCGAAAGGCGGCGUCAACGUUGGGGUUGAUAAUCGGAGCCUUUGUCAUCUGUUGGCUGCCGUUUUUUGUCAAGGAAGUGAUUGUCAACACCUGUAGCUCCUGCAAUACUUCAGUUGAGAUGGCAGACUUUCUGACAUGGUUGGGCUACCUUAACUCUCUGAUUAAUCCCCUCAUCUACACAAUCUUUAAUGAAGACUUUAAAAAAGCUUUCCAAAGACUCAUUCGGUGCAGUCAUUACCUCUGAUUGAAAGAUGUACACGAUCAAACUCUCUCACCAUUUCACGUAAACACCUAACAAAGAUGGGCAAAAGAUAGGGGCUUAAGGUCAGGGAAUACUGGCCCAGUGUGCCUGAAAAAGAGUAUUCUCUAAGACAAUUCUAUCAGACAUUUCAAUGGCAUACACUCAGCAAUGAGCUUUGCACCAAAGUUCCUCAUUAAAAUCGAAGCUCAGCUUUUAAUAGAAGAGCCUGCGAUUUUUCUGGUGUUAAUUGGUGUGUUUGAAGGUUGACUCACAUGUUGGUUUGAAGUAAAAUAGGCCAGAGCUGACCAUUUUGUGCUGUGAGUUUUGAGCACAAGAGAUCAACCCCAUUUAAAUGUCUGGAAAUGGCUUAUCAACAGCUGACCCUUUCAUCAAAUCACUGCCCUUCUGUCAGGUCAGCAUGGCUGACUAAAAUUAAGAGCAUGUAUAAAAUACUAUCCUCAUUAGUUUACAUUGCAAGGACAUUAUAUAAGGUCACUGUCCUUUUACUGUCAUACUAAUCAUUUAGACAAGCAUUUCUUCAAAAACGGAAAAAAAAUCUUUUCAAGAUAUUUGAACAAAUUUGAUAGAAUAUAAGCUUUUCUUCACAUUUUAAACUCUUGAAAUGCU